CGCGUGCCACGGAACGCCACAGGCCCGGUGCGAGGAGGGGCGGCCGUGGGACCACCUCCUGUCUCUGGCACGACACGGCGUGAAGCAUGUUUGUGUUCUGCUCUUCAGGAGCGGCCCGGGUCACCGGGGACGGCCACGUGGAGUACACGCCGCUCGUGGGCUUUCGGCGCCUGUGGGGGUACCACCGGGGCCUGGUCUGGACCAGUGAGGUCGUCCUCGCGUGCCAGCAGAUGACCGUGGCAGGGGCGGUGGUGGCCUGUUACUUCAACAGAAAUGAAAGUGACCCCCCCCCCCCCGAUCGCCCAGUCCUCUCGUCUGUCGCCACCCUGCUCUGCCACCCCCCAGGGACAGCCGUGAAGGGCUCCCUUCUGAUCCCCCUGGCGCAGGUCCCCAGAGCCGCCGUCCUGUGCCUGUCCGGCACCCUGCAGGACCAGCCGCGGAGUGCCCGGUCCAGGUGUGUGUUCGGGUGCUGCUCCGGCUGCCUCCGCCGUCUGGACAGAUGCCUGCGCCCUCUCAGCCAGCGCGCGUACGCCGCCGCCGCCAUCGACGGGACGGAUCUCUGCACGUCGGCCGGAGACGCCUGUGGGCUCCGGUCCCAGAGGGCGCGUCACCUCGCAGCUGUCAGCUGCUUUGGAGACUUCGUCGUCUUUCUAGGAAAGGUGCUGGUGGCGAGCUUCACUGUCCUCGGGGGGCUGAUGGCCUUCAACUACCGCCCUGCGCUGCAGCUGGGGGUGGCGCCCCUGCCCCUGGCCGCCCUCCUCGCCUCCCUCGGGGCGCGCGGCGUCCUGUCUGUGUUCACGGCCCUGCUGGACCCGCUCCUCCUGUGCGUCGCCGUGGACCUGGAAACCAACGACGGCUCCCCGGAAAAGCCCCACUUCAUGGACCGGGAGCUCCUGGGAGCCAGCCUCAGGCGGGCCCGGGGCCUCGCUCUGCAGCCCUCCUUCCCGCACCGGGCCCGCCCGUCCUCAGAGCGAGACCUGGGCCCUGUUCUGCGGGGCCGAGCUGCCUCCCUUGUGGGCAUCUCCCUGUCAGCACGGACCCAGGGGGCUGGCCCCCAGAGCAGCCCGAGUCUGCCAGUGGUCUGGCCCUCGGGUGUCCUGGGGGUGGAACGGGGCCCUUUUCCCAGAGCCAUGCUGCAGCCCACGUGUUUUGUGAAGCGGAUCGACAGGUUACACGGCGGGAGGCCGCAGCAGGGCGAGGAAGGGACGGACUGCGGCCCCUUGGGAGAACUGCCACCGGACCAGCCUGGUCGCAAACCAAGGCGGGCCCUUCGCCAGAUGCCGGUGAGCCGGUUGGAAGGACCAGGCGCCGUUGUCCACGUCAGUGGAUGUCCUGGAGACGUGGCUUCCCACCAGAGCCCCGCCCGGACCCCGUCCGAGGGCUGA